CCGCGGUUUGGUUGCCUACUUUCAGGCGGGACGGUUUUUUGGCGGCAGUUCUCACGGCGAUGGGGUUGCGAUAACACGCGUUGGUUCCGGGGCUUGGCAGAACACAGUGCUCUCACUAGGAUUUUCUUGUUCUGUGCUGUGCAGUACAGUGCGUUCCGGUCAGGUGGAAACGGCUCAGGGGGUGGACGGCGCAAACCGGAUGUUUCCCGACAAAUCCUGCCGCCGGAGGUCCAAGUGCUGAAUGAGUGGUGAUUUGUGUGAGGGCUUUUUUGUCUAGUGUGUCACAUACCAGUGGACAAACACACACACAUACGUACACAAAUACGCUCAAAAGGAUUUGAAAUAGAAAAAAAGUGUGCUCUAAAAGAGGAUCCUCUUUUGGGAGGGUGAAAAGCAGUUUGGUGAAGAGUGUGGUGUGGUGGAGACCAGUUGGUGGUGAUGACCAUUAUGAUGACACACACAUGCGGAAGGACGACUUUCAAUGAGUGCCACCUUUUUGUGUAGCGAUUUGUGCUAAUCCUGGGGUGCACACAUACACACACACACACACACACACACCUAGGGGUUCACACAAAAGUGUAAAUGAAGUGGAGGCGUUGUGGCUGAAUUCCGGUACCCGCAGAUGACCCACAGGAGAAGCAAUUGGGCUCUGUCAUAAAUAAAUAAAGCGGAUUUCCCCCCAGUGCAAACGACUCAUCAGUCGUGGAAUGUUUUGAGGAUUUGAAGCUUCGUAGGAAAGAAGCUUUUCACAUGGUCGAAAACAAGCACGUGGGCGAGUGAGUGAAUCAAAUUUGGUUGAGUUCGAUUCAACUAUGUACGUACAAGCAAUUGGAAAAUCCGGAUUAUUUUAAGUGUAAAAUUGUCGCAUAACGUGUCUGUUGAAGUGUUAAGUUGUGUAAAAAAUAAUGGAGAAAAUUUUGUUGGUGCUGCUGAAAAUUUUGUGUAAAUACAAAUGAUGAUACAAUUGUUAUGAAUUGAAAUUUGAUGACAUAAAAUAAACGUACCGUGACAAUCUACAGUGUUAACGGAGGAUUUAUCUGAUAAUUGGAUGUUAAUUUAGUGAUAACAUUUAAUAAGAAGAACGUCCCCCAGCCGGAAGUGGUGCGCCCCCUCCCGGGCGGAAAAUGCUGCGCCAUCAUCAGCGUCUUCAUCGGAGAAGAGCCGACAUUACCAUAACAGUGAUUUAUUCGAUCGCUCGAUGGCCGGUGAAAACUGGCAACACUGCGGUGCUAGCUGCCCCAGCGGUCGUCGGCGACUAAUGGCCCAAGUGAUUAGCCGUAAUUGGGAGCAAAAUUGAGCGGAGUGUGUCUGCAGAGGGGUUAUGUUUGGGUUUUAAGCACGGGGAGAGAAGAAGGGAAGGAGAAGGAGUCCCGAGGGUCAUCCCCAAUGAUGACUACGAAUGCAACUGAUUACUACUGGGAACUGUCGCAACUGAUUAGGCUUAGCAACUUUAGCUACUACAAUGUGUCGGCUGGUGAAACGUCGGUGACGUUGGACGUGGUCAACUGCUGCACCACCGAACCGAACUUCUCGCGGUACCUGGAAGCCUUGCCCAACGACCGGGCUGGGCUGUUGGCGUUUUUGUUCCUGUUUUCGUUUGCGACCGUGUUUGGCAACUCGCUGGUCAUCCUGGCCGUUAUCCGGGAGCGGUACCUGCACACGGCUACCAACUACUUCGUGACCAGCCUGGCCGUGGCCGACUGCCUGGUGGGACUGGUGGUGAUGCCGUUUUCCGCCCUGUACGAAGUGCUGGACAACACGUGGUUCUUUGGCGAGGACUGGUGCGACAUCUGGCGGUCACUGGACGUACUGUUCAGUACGGCGUCCAUCUUGAAUCUGUGCGUCAUUUCGCUGGAUCGAUACUGGGCCAUCACGGACCCGUUUUCGUACCCGAUGAAGAUGACCCGGCGGAAGGCCGCGGCUCUCAUCGCAGCCGUCUGGAUCUGUUCCAGCGCCAUCAGCUUCCCGGCAAUCGUUUGGUGGCGGGCCGCCCGGGAAGGCGACAUGCCAGCGUUCAAGUGCACGUUUACCGAACACCUCGGCUACCUGGUGUUCUCUUCCACCAUAUCGUUCUAUCUUCCACUGCUGGUGAUGGUGUUCACCUACUGCCGGAUCUACCGGGCGGCGGCCAUCCAAACCCGUUCGCUCAAACUCGGCACCAAGCAGGUCCUCAUGGCGUCCGGUGAGCUCCAGCUAACCCUGCGGAUACACCGCGGUGGAACGACCCGGGAACGGCCAAACCACCACCGAGAACCACCCCAGCACCACCUUCAGCCAUCCAACCAGCAGGACCACCAGCAGCACACGGCAAACUCCACUCCGGAAGAACCGGACGAGGAACCGCUGUCCGCACUGCAAAACAACGGACUCGGUGGACCCCGUCAUCGAACCCACAUGGGCAAGAACUUUUCGCUGUCGCGGAAGUUGGCCAAAUUCGCCAAGGAAAAGAAGGCGGCCAAAACGCUCGGCAUCGUGAUGGGGGUCUUUAUCGUGUGUUGGCUGCCGUUCUUCGUGGUGAACCUGCUGUCCGGGUUCUGUAUACAGUGCAUUGCCCACGAGGAGAUUGUUUCGGCGGUCGUGACGUGGCUCGGGUGGAUCAACUCCAGCAUGAACCCGGUCAUCUACGCGUGCUGGAGCAGGGACUUUCGGAGGGCCUUCGUGCGGAUACUGUGCGUUUGCUGUCCCCGGAAGAUCCGGCGAAAAUAUCAGCCCACAAUGCGAUCGAAAGCAUCUCAGUGCCACAUGGCUGCAGUUGUAGCAGCUUCAUCAUCUAACAGUAGUCUAUUUGACGGUAGCCACCAUCGCCGGAACAAUCGUCAGUCAUUUGGCGGUCAGCAUCACCAUCACUAUCAUCACCAGCAUCACCACCACUGCUGCGGGAGCUUCACCAGCAACGGCAGCAGCACACAGUACCACCGUACUCGGUCAACGCGAACCGUCAAUCGGGGUGGCGGCGGCAGCAGCAGUUGCGGUGGAUCCACCCCGGGACUCGGCCGCGGCUGUGAGGACUGUGGCUGCGGCGGUUCCCUGGUGGGCAGCAGCCUGAACGGCCACCACAACGACAACAACAACAGUGGCCUGCUGCACCAUUGUGUCGACAUCGGCGGCGGCGAGGACCAGCUGAUGGGCACCGGAAGAGGUCGCCGGCGGAGCAGCAGCCGGGGUUCCUCCGGUGGACGGAGCGGGACCGGCGGAAGUGGCAAACGGUGCACUUUUGCUGCGACCACCACGACCAUUCCCAGCGGAGCCCGAUUCGGCAGCCGCAGACAAACUUCCUCGGUGAAGCGGCCGGGAUCGGUUCCGGUGACGGUAGUGCCGGGGCUGGAGACCACGGCGGCCGUUCCGGCAGUGGUGGUCCAUUUUGAUGACAAUCCGCACGUUACGGUGCACAGUCAGAGCUCAAACAGCAGCACGGAGUCGUCGCUGAGGAUUCUCGAGUGAGUUUGGCCAGGAAAGGGGUGCUAUUUCAUGGAAGUGGUUUAAAAAUUUAGGAAUGUUUCGAAAAAGGGGCCAACAAUUUGAUUUUUAUUAAAUUGUGAAUGCUCUUUUUUGCUGAACCUGAAACUCUUUUUUUGAUGAAAUGUUACGGAAGUGUGCUAUCAACUUUUUUGUAUAUUAAUUACUCAUUAUUUUCUUAUUCGUAACACUGAAAAACACUCAAAUCUAUGAUUUAAUAUAAUAAACAAACAAGUAACAAGACUUAAACUGUCAUCUAAACUAUUUUUUAAUCAGCUUUCAAAACCAGUUUCACAAGCUUUCAUACCAUUUUCAAGAUAACCCAGCCUUCAAAACACAACAAUUUGCUUUCACCGCAUGAAUCCAGUCGUAAAUCACACCGGAAGCCGGAAGUCGUUAAAAUAAGUGGUAACCGUUGCCGGUGCUGCUGGUGUGCCGGGUUUUGUUAUCUGCCGACAGUCAAUUUUAAGGUGAAUUCUAAUUUAUUUUUUGUGUUUAAAGCUUCCAAAGCCGAUGCUCGUUAGCAAAUGGAAAAAGAGAAUAAAUUCACUGUUUUAGAAGUCGAAAAAAAAAACAACACAAAAGAGCAAGUUUGGAUCUAAAUUUUCCCCGAGAGAAUUUAUGGUCCAGAUUUUGUAGGGGCAAAAUCGCAAAUCCAUAGCUGGCUACAAAUAACGACAAAGUCCUCUGCCUUGACAUCUUUCUUCCAAGUAUGUUGUUCUGGUCUGACCAUGGUUUGUGGGGGACUCUCAUCGACUUAGCUGAGCAAAUUUAUUCGCGAGGAAGUGAAUAAAAUCAAGAGCUCUUACGACGCUAACGAGUCCAAAUUUAAAUGGGGAAAUAAUAUAAUCUUGAGUGCUUUUUGAAGCACUAAAAUUUGCCUAAAGAGACUGAAUUUCAGCUAAAUUAACUUGGGUACGAUUUAAAUUAUAAUCAUCAUUACUUCAAACCUCAUGAAAUGAUUGCUUUUUGAGAACCUUAUUCCAGUUAUCUACCGAUGAAUAAUAAAAUGUAAAAAACUCAACAUCAGAAACCAGAAAUUCAAAGAUAAACAUCAUCAGAAUAAAUAAACAAGGUGGAAUUAUCCUUUACCCUAGUUUGCAUACCUUGCAUCCCAUUCUGUCCCGGUUGAUGAAGUCUCUCAAAUAGCCAAAGGAAAACACUACAACCAACCACCCACCCAACUUUGUCGCCGUUGUGCUAUCAUACCACAAUCGUGUUUUUUGUCAUUAAAGUGUCUUUGUUGUUCAAAGUGUCAAAAUGCCACAUGUCACAUAUCGUACGAUAAUUUAUAACUAAAUCAAAAUCAAAACACAAACUUCGUGCUUUUCUGUUAUUUUAGGGCACACUUCUUAAAUUUGGUUUGCCAAUUUGCCUAAUUCGUUUCAAAAGACUGUAAUUUGUAUGACAAGUGGCACUUUGACACAGAAAAAGCAUCAAAAAAGUGACAUUUACGGCAAGACGACUCAACCUCAACCGCCGUCCAGUCAGUCUGGUUUCACCGGACCGGAAACGGGAAACAGUGCGCGGAAAUACAGAGCCCCCGGUCCGGCUGACAGCACGACACUUUGCGGACCACCGGGGAGAGCGAUUGUGUUUCUGAUGGUCCACUUCUGUCAGACGCUGCAGGACGCAAUUCUGUCGGAAAGGAAUUUCACGCCACAGUGGAUAAGGGGGUUGGCGCGCGGUGUUGAUAAAGCAAAAUAUAUCCGGCUAGUUUGUUCUGUUCUCUGAACAAGGAGGAAGGGGGGGAUUAAACGUGGAAACCACAACCAGCUGUAUCAAAUUUCCAUGUUUUAAAUGCUGCUCUUGAAAAUUCGCUGUCGCUUUGCGCGAUGGCUGUCCCAGUUUCUCCUGAUAAAAAAAUAAGAACAGUUUUCUUUGAGUAUUAGAUACGGAAUUGCGGCCAAAACAGUUUAAAUCUUUCUUUUAAAACAUUUGUUUGUCGGGCUGAAGAUUUUUCCAUGCAUUUCCAAAGUCUAAAGAAGUUUUGAGAAAAAUAGUUACAUGGAAAAAAUCCCGAUUUAUUUAUCAAGUUGAAUUUCAAAAACACUUACUUUGAAGUAUUUGUCUUUUUAUAUUUUAGGGGACUAAAAAAAGGCAUUUAUUGCGCUAGAAUUAAGCACUAUUAUUAUAAUUUAUU